AUGUCUUGUCCUCCUGAUUGUCCACUUCUAUGUUGUAAUAAUUCUAUUCGUAAUCCAGCUAUAAAUUGUAUUCUUGGAGAAUGUGCUUCAGAUGAAAAAUUGGAUUUGAAUAUAUGUGGGUUUAAACAUGAUGAAUAUACUAUGUAUAUUACUCAAAAUAUUGCUGAUAUUAAUACAUUAAAAAAUGAAGAUAAAACACCAUAUUUUAAUUAUCCAACAUCAAGAUUUGCUUACUAUACAUUGUUUCAAGAUAUACCAGUUGAUAAAUUAAUUGCACAAGAUAUUCAAAUAGAGGUAGAAUUAUUAGCAUACCAUGGAAGUAAUCGUCAUGCUACAUUUUUUAAUGGUGAUUUAGAGAUACCAAAAAAAGAAGGAGUACAAAGGAUAAUGCCUUUAAUGAAUAAUUUCUAUUUUACGAUAUAUUUAGCAUUAAUCUGUGAUAUAGAUCUUGCAAAAAAGAAAGAAUAUACUGUAUUAGAUUUUUUACGAAAUCCAAAUAAUCUGAAUAAUAUUGAACCAAAAAAUGGUGUAAAGAUAUUAGAAAAAUAUGCAAUUGAAAUUACAUGUCAAGAAACAUGUGCAUUUACUUCACAUAGAGCUGCGAUAUGUGUGAAGUUUGAUAAAAAUUUAAAGAUGUGU